ACUGAUAUUACUUUAAUAGUGCUCCGGAGUAUUGAAAGUCUAGCCGACCCAUGGAUCAUGUUUCACUCGAUUUCAAGUGAAGGUGAGUAGAUUUUUCCACCAGUAUUUUGGGUAGACACUGCUCUUUUUCUUCCAGCAAGCAAUUUCCAUAGAAGUCAUGAAAGCGAUUCAUUUGUCAAGCAAGGCAGGCUGAAGUAAACCAUAAUAUAAAGAAAAACUACUAGGCCUGCUGGUGGGGGUUUUUUAUAACUUAGUCACCAAGAAAAGAGACCCUCUUCUCCAAUAUAUAGAGCCAUAUCUUGAUACUAAGCACGGAGAAGGAUUCUGAAUUUCCUCAAGAUGAUGAAGAUGGGAGAAAUGUGGCCGCAACUGGGUUCGGUGAUUGCCAGUGUCAUGUUCGGAUAUGCCAUGGUAAUGCAAAUCUUUCCUUAUCAACUUCGAACCCCCAUUAAAAUAUAUGCCAACAAAAUGUUCGGAUAUGUUUACCCGUACAUCCAAAUUUCAUUUGAUGAAUAUACCGGCGAGUGGCACAAGAAAAGUGAGCUCUUUGCUACCAUCCAAAGCUACUUGAGCACAAAGUCCUCUACAGAAGCGAAACGGCUGAAAGCUCAAGAUGUCAAGGACAGCAAGUCUCUAGUCCUUGCAAUGGAUGAUAAUGAAGAGGUUACAGAUGAGUUUCAAGGCAUUAAGCUGUGGUGGGCUUCAAGCAAGAAUCCACCUACAAAAUCUUCAUUCUCAUUCUAUCCUCAGUCUGAUGAUAAGAGACAGUAUAAGCUGACCUUUCACAGACGACACCGCGAUAUAAUCAUGGGGUCUUAUCUUGACCAUGUGAGAAAACAAGGCAAGGCAAUAGCAGUAAGCAACAGGCAACGGAAGCUCUUCAUCAACAAUCCUGCAUCGAAUUGGUCCGGAUACAAAGCAACUAAAUGGAGUCCUGUAGUCUUUGAACACCCUGCAACAUUUGAGACCAUAGCAAUGGAGCCCAAAAAGAAAGAGGAUAUUGUCAAUGACCUUAUCAAGUUCAGCAAGGGGAAAGAGUACUAUGCGAAAGUUGGAAAGGCUUGGAAGCGUGGUUAUCUUCUGUACGGGCCACCAGGAACUGGUAAGUCCACCAUGAUUGCUGCCAUGUCUAAUCUCAUGGACUAUGAUGUUUAUGAUCUUGAGCUGACCGCGGUGAAGAACAACACUGAGCUGAGGAAGUUGCUGAUUGACACUCCAAAUAAGGCUAUAAUCGUAAUUGAGGACAUUGAUUGCUCGCUUGAUCUCACGGGGCAACGAAAGAAGAAGAAGGAGAAGGAUGAUGAUGAAGAUAAAGAAAAUGAUCCGAUUAAGAAAAUGAUCCGAGGUGAAGAAAGCAAACCGAGCGAAGUUACUUUAUCUGGGCUAUUGAACUUCAUUGAUGGUAUUUGGUCAGCUUGUGGAGGUGAAAGAAUCAUUGUGUUCACCACUAAUUAUGUGGACAAACUUGAUCCUGCUCUCAUAAGAAGAGGAAGGAUGGACAAGCAUAUUGAAUUGUCCUACUGUUGCUAUGAAGCAUUCAAAGUGCUUGCAAGGAACUAUUUGGAUUUGGAGUCACAUGAACUGUUUGGUACUAUUGAACGGUUGUUAGGGGAGACCAACAUGACUCCAGCUGAUGUGGCAGAGAAUUUGAUGCCUAAAUCUGAUAUAGAGGAUGCUGAUUCUUGUUUAAAGAGCUUGAUCGAAGCUCUCGAGAAUGCAAAGGAGGAGGCAAGAGUGAAGGCUGAGGAAGAUGCAAAACUGAAGGCAGAAGAAGAAGAGAAAUUGAAGGCAGAGAAAGAAGAAAAAUUGAAAGAAGAAGAAGCAAAAUUGAAACCAGAGAAAGAAGAGAAGGAAAAGGUCGAGUCUGGUAAAGAAGUGAAAUGUAAAUUGUGUAAUGGAACAUCAGCUAAACAAGAUGGGAAAGAUAAUGGGGUCAGCCAUUGAAGAUGUGGAAAGAGAGUCGAAUAAUCUGCAUAACUGGAACUUGUAGGUACGGUGGUAUGUGAAGGAUCAUAUCUGCAUAAUUUACCCUGUAGUUAUAGUAGUGUGUGAAUGUGUGAUGUGAAUAAUUAAGAGUUGUUUUACAGUUUGCAAUAUUUCAUAGCAACUAAUGAUCAGUUGUAUACGUCUUAAUGAAAUAAAAAUGUAAAUUUAUGUUAAUAGAACUACUGUAA